UUCCUUUUUUUUUUCUCCCCCACUUUUUUGUGACUCAGAUUGUGGAGAAAUUAUCUCAGUUGCAGGAACGACGCAAGGAGAUCAAUGAUAAAUGGCGAGAGAAAAUGGACUGGUUGCAAAUAGUUAUGGAAGUGCUGAUGUUCGGGCGGGAUGCCAGCAUGGCAGAAGCUUGGCUUGCCAGCCAGGAGCCAAUUGUGCGCUCCACUGAACUGGGUGACAAUGUGGACGAAGUUGAAAACCUGAUCAAGCGACACGAGGGCUUUCAGAAAUCGGUAGCCGCCUGGGAGGAACGUAUCCUGGCACUGGAGAAACUCACCACGCUGGAAGAGAAUGAACAUCGGCAGCGCGAGCAGGAAGAAGUGAGGAAGAGGACAUCUCCGACGCCAACCCCAUUGGAACCCACCGUCAUGAUACCACAGACACAAAACACAGAUGGGCAUCAUCUACCCAGCAGCACUCAGACCAAUGGGUAAGAGCUGAGACCUGGCCCAAUGGGGCAA